AUGUUUUAUGUAAUGUUAAAAUCAUUGGGUAGAUGAAGCAGUAAGAAUGUAAAGAUUCCGUUUCUACUGAAAACCAGAAACACCAGAAAGAAAACCAUUCUACUACACCAGAAAGAAAACCAUUGUUCUUGUGAAUAUUUAUCCUCGCUAGAAAGAAAAAUAUUUUACUUGUUUUCCAGGCUAUUGAUGGUCACUUGCAACUUACACAUGCAUAUUUUGCACCCAAUGCAUCAAUAAUGCAAGAAGGAAUUACAGUGGGAGAUUGGCGUGAACAAUAUAAAGAAGUUUGUAAGAAGAAAGGUGUUACACCAUCUAAUUAUGCUGGUUAUGCAUAUGAUGCAGUUUGGACCUAUGCAUAUGCUUUGGAUAAACUGGCUCGAGAAAACCAAACCUAUUUAAUUGAAAUUCAUUCAGACACUACAACUAGACGAUUUGUAGAAGUACUUCAAAAUACUAAUUUUGAUGGUGUAUCUGGGAACAUUCAAUUUAUAAAUGGUGGCCCAUCUCGGGUAACAACAAUCCAUGUAUUGCAAUGGCUGAAGAAAACUACACACAUUGUUGGAACAUUUCCUCCACCCAUCGAUGACAAAUGGUGCUGUUUGAAUGCAUCAAAGAUUGUUUGGCUAACACCUAAAGGAGUAAAGCCUGAAGAUGGAACAGAGGAACCAAUUGGCUGUGUGUUGGCAAGUUUGGCUAAGUUGAUGAAUGGAAAUUGUGAAGCUGCUAUUAUUGUUGCUAAUGUUAUUGGCUUUGGGCUUCUAGGAAUAUUCUUGAUAAUUGGAUUUCUCGUUGUUAAACGAAGGUAUGAACACAAAGUAAGACAAACAGAAAAUUAUAUGAAAUCACUUGGCAUUGACUUAUUGGUGGCAUCAGACCUUGAUAAAUGGGAGAUACCUCGAGAUCAUGUUGUCAUUAAUCGAAAACUGGGAGAAGGUGCUUUUGGCACAGUGUAUGGUGGAGAAGCCCAUUUUCCGGAAAAGGGUUGGGUUGCUGUUGCUGUUAAAACAUUGAAAGUUGGUUCCACGACUGAGGAAAAAUUAGAUUUCCUCAGCGAGGCAGAAGUCAUGAAACGUUUUGAGCAUAAGAAUGUUGUGAAGUUACUUGGAGUCUGCACUAAAAAUGAACCUGUUUAUACUGUAAUGGAAUUUAUGCUAUAUGGAGAUCUGAAGACUUAUCUUUUGGCUCGACGACAUUUGGUGAAUGAAAGAUUAUCGGAAGAAUCUGAUGACAUAUCGUCUAAGAAGCUUACUUCAAUGGCAUUAGAUGUAGCCAGAGCUUUAAGAAUGCUGCCUGUACGCUGGAUGGCUCCCGAGAGCCUAGCCCUGGGCAUUUUCACCCCUGCCUCCGACAUUUGGUCCUUUGGAGUUCUGCUUUAUGAAGUGAUAACAUUUGGAAGUUUCCCAUUCCAAGGCAUGAGUAACAAUGAAGUGCUGGAUUAUGUCAAGGAGGGAUAUACCUUAAAAGUACCUAAGGGUAUAAAGCCACAACUGGAAGGGCUUAUUUAUUCAUGUUGGAAUAAAGACUAUAAGGCACGACCACAUGCAUCUGAAAUAGUAGAAUUUAUUGCCAACAAUCCACGUCUCAUCACUCCCAAUUUGGAUGUGCCAGCAUCAGCAGUGCAACCAGAGGAAGGGGGAGGAGGACUUGGCCUCCCUGUGAGGAGGCGAAGGAGCUCUGCACCCAGUGAUGGCAGCGCUGCCGGCUACCCCAACCGCAACAUGGGCAGUCCCUGCACACUGCCUCCCCUCCUUGGUGAUGGGGAGUUCAGUGCAACAUUGCAAGAUGUUGGUAAUGAAGAGUUGCUGGUAGGGUGUGUGCACGAGCCAUUGUUAAGACCUCCCAAUGCGAACACAGGCCCUGCUUUGGGACUGGGUCUAACAAAAUAUGCAAGUUUACAGCACGAUUCUGAUGAAUAUUGCACACAAGAUACACCAAAUGCUGUGUCCAUGUUGUGAUUGUUGGAAAUGAGUGGAAAAACAUCGUAAUAUUGUGUUCAUGAUCAUUUAUGCCAUUGUAUCAUCUUCUCUUUCUUGCCUGUCGUCAUCAAGCAACAAGAAUAAGUCAAUUGUGGUCAAAGAAUAAUCCAUAGUUUAUGCUGUGGAUUUUUGAUGAAGAGAAAAACUUAAAUACUCCUGCUAUGUAGGGGAAAUACAAAUUAACUGUGUGAUAUGAAGUACAGGUUUUUAAUUUUGUGUGACUGAAAGUUCCAUUGUGUGGGAACUAUAUUACCGUAUAAUCUCUUUACCAUUAAUUUGCUGUGAUCACAAAUACAUCUACAUGAAAAGAGUGUGGUUUUGAAUGAAAUCGCUUACGAAUGUUAUCUUUUAAUUUAUUUUCUUAGAUUAUUGCCAAAAAAAGAAAAAUUAGAAUAAACACAAGAAUAUAGGGUUAGUGAAUCCUGUAAUGGCAACUCAACAUUCUCAUCAUUGAUAAUAUUACCUAGACAUUGUUCAUGAAAAUAAUCUUUUUCAUUAUGAACGUAUGUUUUUAUCCAACAAUGAUAUUCUGUUCUUGUAACAUUGUGUUUGAUGAAAUGUCAUUUCUCCAUCAUAUUUGAAAGUCUGAAAACACUUUUUCUUUAUUUCUAUUAUUAUACAUUUGUCAAAAUUAUUUAUUUUUUAUUGUUAAAUGAAAUUGAACAUUUUUUAAUUUCUUGAACAUGAGUUCUAUUAGAGUCUGCUUACCCUCAAAAGAUAGAAUGUGAAUUGUUUACAUUCUAUUACAAGUAAACUUUCUUAUCAAGCCCUUUGGAUGUAUUUAAGAGUUGAUUUGUACCAUCCAUAUCAAUUAUAAUUCAGCCUCCUUUCCAAUAAUUGAUCUGUAAUACCAGUACAUGCAAUUUCUUUGUUAUACUUUUUCAUAGAGAAAUAUCACUUUUAGAUUUAAGAACGUGCUCUAUUGUAGCAAGUUGUUUUUUAUGACUGAACUCUCUUUACUUAGACAUAGAUUGAAAUUACUUCUAUUUAUUGGAUAUUAAAUAUCACUUUAUUCACUACCAUCAUAUGGAAAGUAAUUCUAAAGGAUAAAUCAAUGAUAUUCCAACAGGUUUUCCUACAUAACAAUGUUUUCAAAAUUUCAGACACCAACUUUUCUUUUAACUUAAAAAAUUGUAGCAUUGUGAUGAAAUAAUAAUAUUUUCUUUUUAUAGAUAUAUAUCUAUAUAGAAUGCAUGUUAUAAAUAAUAUUUUAAGAGUAAUUUUCAAGAAAAUAUUUUACUUCAUCCAGAUGGGAGAACAUUUCUGGUACCAUCAAAAAUGUUUACAUUAUAGUUAAAAUUGCAAACUUUUAAAUAUCAAAACAAGAAUCUCAACGUGUUAUAAAUAUUGGGAAUUUAAUUUGUGUCAUAAGCUAUUCCAACGCUACUCGAAUUCUGUUAAUUUUGUUUUAUAUUGCUUGAAAGUAUUUAUUUCAUAAAAUGUGUAAAACAAUUUCCUAAUUUUCCCAUCAUAUUUAUACAAUUGAGAAAGAGCUUUUGUUACUAAUUCUACUUAAUAAUAAUAAUAAUAAUAUUUUCUUUGUUUAAACUAAUUUACUCUUCUAGGGCAACUUUAACUUCAAAAGGUUAAAUACUUUUUCAAAAUAAAGAUAAACAAUGUACUUUUCUUAAAGGUACUUUUUGCUAUUUUUUAACUUAUUGUACAGGUAUUAAUUUCUCAUGCAAUAAUUCUUCCUUGGUAGCUUUGUCAAUGAUUUAUGUUUUAUAAUUGUACUAGAAUUUACUUGCGUAAAUUACUUUUUCUUGUUCAUUUCUCUUAUCUUCAAAAGUCGAGACAAAAAUUGGUGUUACAAAAUUAGUAGAUGAACCUGCAAAAUCCUUUGUAAUAUACCUAAAAACAUUAUCCAUAUUCAAACACAUUGAUUCUUAAUUGUUGCUACCCUUUCUUCUUGCUGGAAUGUCAAAUGCUUUCAAAAUGUUUCAUACAGUAAAUGUGAUGAAACCCUGUGUAAAUUGUAGAUUUAAUUAUUCAAAUUGUUCUAAACAUUAUUUACUCUCUUCGAGAAAAUAACCUGGGUUUCCUGGUUAAUAACCAGUUGCUUUUAUGGCCAAGCUAUUGAGAUGAUCAAACAUUAUUUGAAUAUAAAAUAACAAACCAAUGAAACUGUUCCAAGAUUUGAUCAUCUUGGGAACAUAAAAAAGCAUUUGAAGUAAUUCAGGAGGCACGGUUAGGAUUAUCAAUCAGGAUGAUUCAUAGGUAUUUCAAAAAAUUUGAAUUAUUAAAUAUUGUUUUUGUUUCAGAAAAAGUAUUAUGAGUCAUUACUUCAGUUCUACGGUGGAUGUACUUUCAUUUUCUGAAAAAGUUCAAUUUUGAAAUAGUAUUAAAUCUUUAUUAUCUAUACAUAAGAAUAUUUUCCAAAUUAAAAUUUUCAACAUUUUUAUAUUUAACUUAAAAAAAUAUUUUGUUUAUAUCUGUCUUGUGGGUGAUAUUGAUUGAACUCUUUAUGCAUGUGUGUGCAUGCAGAGAAGUGUGAAAGAGAAAAAAAGAAUGCAAUUGCAGGCUACUUUCAGAUGUUUACAUUUCACUUGUCCAUAACCAACAAGUGUCAAUUAAAAAAUCGAAAGUUAUUUGAAAUGCUAAUGAGAACUGAUGAUGCUGCCAAUCCAGAAUUCACUAAUUAUUAUCCAUUCAAAAAUGGAUGUUCAUGAGAAAUGGAAAAGAUGUAACUGCCUCCAAAGCUUUGAAGAAUAAAUUAAUCCUGAAAGUUAUUUAAUGUUAUUUGUGAAUCUUUGGAGUGUACAAGAGUCCUAAAUGGUAAACUGAUUCAAAAAUGUUUUUGUUUCAUUCCAUUUUGUCUAGGAUUCCGAAUUUUGAAGAAAGCGAAGAAGUUAUAUUAUAAAUUAUCAAAAUGUCAAUAAGUAAAUAAAAGAUAUUUUACAAUUUGUUUUAUGAACAUUGCUUUUUACUUGAUCAAAUCAUAAAUUGAGUUUGUACAGAAAAGUUGUAAUUCAGAUUAUGAAAUAGUUUGUAAAAUUGUUGCACAAAACCAACUGCUGUGAAGAUGAAUCUCUAAUUCUGUACCCUGCUUUCUUCAAACAGAAAUGAAAAAUAACAAUUAUUUAACAAUUAAUACUGGCAUAUAUUCAAUUUUUUACUCUAGAAAACAGUUACAGAUUUACUGAAAGGUUCUAGGAAAUAGUUUAGAUGACUGAUUUAUUGCACAUUGUUGUAUUUGACAUCCCAGAAAUAACGGUGAACUGGACAGACCUGUAAUUAGUGACUUGGGACACCUGGGAGAACGGAUAAUAAUCACUUUCCAUGCCUUUUUAAUGUUUCUUCUAAUCUCAUCACUUGAUUUCCUGGGAUGGUUUACCAUUUUCUUGACAAUUAAAGUAACUCUACACCCUUCAAUCGAAUGAAUAAUUUUUUAAUAAAUAUCUUGACAAUCUGUGCUGUUAUGGUAUUUUUUAUUCCAAUUUAGUUCGUUUGAGUAGUGAAAAAAUGAAAGUGAAUUGAAAAGUGAAAAUGUUUUAGUGAAGUUAAAUUCUUCAUUUUUAAUUAAAUUCACCAUCAAAAAUUUGAAACUUUUUCUCUGGUUAUGCCUAAAUUUGGGGACCUCAUGGUAAUUAUAGCCCUGGUACAGAUGUAGAUAUACUUUUUUACUAAUGUACCAUACGGUAGUCUGGAAAACAUGAAUGAUACAGGCUGAUAACCUACAAAAUUUUUAAAUAUAAGAAUUGUAAUAUUAACAUAAUUUCUUUGAUUGUAAAUUCCAUAUAUUUCACAGAUUUAGAAAAAAAAUUUUUGAACAUUGUUCAAAAAUGUCUUAAGUAGGCCCUACUUUCGUUGGUCUACUUUUGUAGGCCCUACUUUUGUUGGUUGGUAAAGUUGGUUGUUUUACAGUCAUGAAGAAAUUAAAUACUACUGAUUUUGUAAUUUCUUUGCAACUGAUUAAUUUAAAUAUUUCUGUGUUAAGCAUAAUUUUUAUUGCUACACUCCAUACAGGUAAUGUGAAGAUAGAGAUUCAAUUUAAAUUACUUUCAGUGGUAUCUGAUCAUAUGACAAAGAAAAGAGAUUUAUUUUAUUGUCCAAAACCAAGUCACAGUAGUUUCGACACAAGGAAAUAUUUUGUUGGAAAACAUAUAAUAAGUAUUGUAAUUUAUUAAGUUACAUAUUAAUCUCCUAAUUUGAAUAUUUUAUUUCUAUUUUCAUAUUUUGUAAGAAUGUGCAAAAUGGAGAUGUUUUGCAAAAAAAAAGAAAAAGAAAACAAAAAACCAUGAUCAGAGUAUAAAAUAAUAUUGUUAUGUAUGUUAAAAAUUUCAAAAGUAAUAUAUUUGUGCUUUAUUCCUGUCAGGUGCUCGAUUAUUUCAUUGCAAUUGUAAAAGGUAUUACAGUUACUGGUUUAUGAAAAUAUUCUGCUUACUUCUUUGUCCAUGUACCAAGCAUUCCAUUGUUAGUUACCAGCUUCCACUAGGUGCUUCUGCAAUGUACCUCUUUGCUUUUCGUUUUGUAUUGUAAUUCUUUAAUGAGUGACAUGACAGUUGAGGUACCUGAUAAGUUAUAAGUUGUGCAUGUGUGUGUUUUCAGUGUGACAGAGGUCAAAACUUUUAAUGUAUAUUUGAGUGAACUACAUACCUAUGUUGUAAAUAAAGCUGCAUUUGUUGUAAAAUUAAUUAAUUUUUGUACCUAUAUAAAACUACGACUUGAGUGUACCAGAGGACAGUAAAAUGUUAAAAUUGCCCCUAAAUAGGGACUUCACAAAAAUAUGAGAAGUACAAUAAAAUAAUAAUAAUAAUAAUAAUGAAUUACAUAUUUAUUAUCUUUUUCAUUAUUAUUAACACACAUUUAUUAUCACCACAAUAUCAAUGUUUAAUGUGCUGUAUUAGUGUCUAUGGUUUCUAUACUGGUAUUUAAUAUAAUAUGUAUCAUAAAUGUUUAUGUAUGUUUUCCUUGAAAGACUUCAAAAAUAAAUAAUCAUAUAA